AUGUUUUUCCAUAUUUUGAUCACGCUAUUCGCUACGGUGUUAACACAAACUUACGAGCCAACAUGGGAGUCGAUCGAUUCCCGGCCGCUUCCCGAUUGGUAUGACAACUCGAAAUUCGGGAUCUUCAUGCAUUGGGGUGUUUAUUGUGUACCCGGAUAUCGAUCUGAAUGGUUCUGGUGGCAUUGGCAAGGCGAGAAUGACCCAAACUGCACGGAGUAUAUGGCGAAAAACUACGCUCCUGGGUAUACUUAUGCCCAAUUUGCAAACGAUUUUCGAGCCGAAUUCUUUGAUGCAGAUGCAUUUCGAGAGAUCGUUGAAGCCUCGGGUGCAAAAUAUUUCGUUUUCACCUCAAAACAUCAUGAGGGCUACACAAUGUGGCCAUCGAAAGUCUCGUGGAAUUGGAAUUCGGUGGAUAUUGGACCAAAAAUCGACGUCAUUGAUGCGCUGAAGAAAGCAUUCGCCAAAACGGAUAUCCAUUUCGGACUUUACUUCUCGCUCUAUGAAUGGUUCAAUCCACAGUACAUGCAAGAUACGCAAAAGAACACGACUGAUUACGUGGAUCAAAUCUCUUAUCCUCAACUUUUGGAUAUUGUUAACACGUAUCAACCGGAAGUCGUCUGGUCGGAUGGAGAUUGGGAUAUGACAGCUGAGUAUUGGAAAAGCAAAGAGUUCAUCGCUUGGUUGUACAAUGAAAGCCCCGUGAAAGACACGGUUGUCGUCAACGAUCGUUGGGGUCGAGGUGUUAUGGGAGUGCAUGGAGGAUAUCUCACAUAUGAAGAUAACUAUAUAGCUGGAACUUUAUUGGCAAGAAAAUGGGAGAACUGUGACUCGCUGGAUCAGUACUCGUGGGGAGGACGACGGACAAUGAGAAGCGGAGAUGUUCUUUCUGUACACGAUGCUAUUGCCGAACUCGCUCAAACAAUCGCUUGCAAUGGGAACUUUUUGCUGAAUGUUGGUCCUGAUAUGCAUGGGAAAAUCCCGCCACUUCUUGAGGAAAGACUUCGCCAAAUCGGCGACUUCGUCAAAGCGAACGCGGAAGCUGUUUACGGAACCCAUCCAUGGGCUUAUCAAAGCGAUUUGAACAAUGUUUGGUAUACGAGCAACUUGAGAAACGAUAAUUUGCCCAAACAGAGAGUCUGGAACCCACAAGAUCAACAAAACACGAUAAUCUAUGCGUGGUUGAUUGAUGUGAAUCUCACCGAAUACACGUUGCAAAAUGUGAAAGUCGUGGAUCAAACCAAAGUGACAAUUCUGUCAACGGGAACCGAAUUGAGCAAAUCAAAAGGCUCAAAUGGGGAGCUCAUCGUCAAUCUCGAUAAAGUCCCAUGGGAAAAACUCGUGCGAAUCGAUGUGCUCGUUUUGAAAAUCGAAUAUGCUCAAUCGGAUUCGCAUGAUCCACUGGCUUCACCCACACCAACAAGCGCUCUUGGUGAGGAGUCAAAGAAGCCUCGGGACUUCAAAUCACUGCGACAGAAAGAUGUCGAGAUAUUGAGCCAUAGUUUGAAA